GCCCAUGUUCACGCGCGGAAUGCAUCCUUAGAGACCACGAAGGCGAACAUUGCUGUAGCAUCGGAAGAACAUGAACUGGCGGCCGGAGAGUUUGCGAACGCCGCGAAGGCGACUACAGAUCGCGAGGCUUUGCGAAUCCUGUCCCUUCUCGAGAAUCAGCAUCGUACUCUCUCGCGCAUAAUCAAGUCCCCAGGCCCUCACGCUGCGAGUACGUCUGGAACGCCGGAUCAUCACGGUACUCAUGGUUUGGAGGCGCAAACACCCCCGACAAGCACAGCGUCCGCUUCCAAAGAAACUGCACUUGUACAGUCGAGCCAACAGCCUAUUUCUACUUCUACGUCUCGAAGAAACCCACACAGAGAGUUGUCAUCCUCCAUCGCGACAAAUCUAGCUACUGCACGAGGUAGACCUCCGACCCAACGUCGAGGUUUACCAGCUUCCCCCGAAGUUACCCGUGAUAAUGCAGGUGGGAAGAUGGUGCCGACACCGGAACGACGGGUGUCUCCAGAUCUCAGGCAUCGCCGUCAGCGACAGCAAUCAUCGACGGACGAACAUGGAAGCGCUUCGUCGCACGAGAAGGCGUCAGAUGCAGCGUCAGCCGGUCAACCUGUUCCUGACGAGCCAUUCAAUCGCUUCUACAACACCUUCGAGAACCUACUCAACCGCCUCUCUGCGCCGCUCGCCUUUGCCGGCCUUCCCCUCACCCCAACUAUCGCCGGGCAGACCGCCCAGGAAGCUCCCGAUAAAUCCAAACCCACCCCCUUGAACCGCACCCGCACGCAACCACCCACCUCCGACCCCCACCCGGACAUCACCACCCUCUUUUCCCGCGCCGCCCUCCGCGCCCUCAAAGAUGACAACCCCGCCCUCAACCCCGCCGAAUCCUUCUACGUCGUCCCCCCCUCCGGCGGCACCCUUACCUACGCCAGCAUGCUCGCCCGGGAGCGCGAGCGCGAGCGCGAACACCGCGACGUCGACCGCGCCAUCCCGAGCACCAUCUCCGAAGGAUCCGAUGAGUUCGUCGACGCGUCCGAGAACCCCGCGCAGGAGUCGCCGCGGGCGACGCGCCGACGGCCGCUAAGCCGAGAGUCGUCCGGGCUAGGCGGGCGAACGGGGAAGACGCGGGAGGAGCUAGAGUUAGAGAACGAGGCGUUGCGGACGUUGAUGGAUCAGUUGAGUCGGCGGUUGCAUAUGUGGGAGGCGCAGAGUCAGAGUCAGAGUUGGGCGUUGACGCAGAGUUUGCGGUUGCAGAGGGAGCAGGCGAAGGGGAAGGGGGAGGGGGCGGAGAAGGAGGGAAAGGUGGAGAGAAGGAAGGAGGGGGUGGAGAGGGAUGCGGAGCCGGAGCCGGAGCCGGAUGAGGAGGCGAAUCGCAGGGUACGGGAGUUGGAGGAGGAGUUGAAACGGGAGCGAGAGCAGGCGGCGGAGAUGGAGAGGGCGAAGGAGAAGUUGGGGAGGGAGAAUCGGAAGCUGCUGGAGGUCGUCGGGAGGUAUCGGGAACGGUGGGAGGUGUUGAAGGCAGGGGCGCGAGGGCGGAGG